GCGGCGUUCUGUAGGAGUGGGUGUGUGAAUUGGCGCUGCGAUGGAGGCGAAAGGUAGUCCACAUCGGAUUCCCUUUUCUUCUCGAACAUCUAACUUUUUGUACGGGAGUUCUCAUUUGUUGAUUCUCACUCUCUCAUUUGCGCUGUAUUGGGCUGAAGGUGAUGCUUAUUUUGCCGACUGGGGAGAUAUCGGUCGCGCGCAAGAACCAACGUGUGUGGACAUCCCAAAGAACAUGUCUCUUUGCUCAAACAUCCAGUACGAAAGGAUGAGGCUACCUAACCUUCUGGCACACGACACGUUGACGGAGGUGGCUCAUCAGAGUGCCUCAUGGGUGCCACUUUUAAAUAUACGAUGCCAUCCUGACACGCAACUCUUUCUUUGCUCCCUUUUCACUCCCGUGUGCUUGGAACGACCCAUUUACCCCUGCCGCAGCCUCUGUUCCUCUGUGCAAACCGCCUGCGAGAAAAGGAUGACGGCGUACGGAUACCACUGGCCCGACAUGUUAAAAUGCGAUAACUUCCCCGAGGACAACGAUAUGUGCCUGAAAGCAUUGCACUCGGAGAGCGGUGCUGUCGAGGGGCACCAGCAGACAGAGAGCCCUGACAACACCACGCCUAGUGGAAACGAGUGCGAGAUAUGCCAGCCCGUCCCAACAUAUGAAAACAUUCUCGAUAACUUCUGUCGCGCUGACUUUGUGUUACGCGCGCAAGUAAAAGGCGUCCGAGGCAACAAAAUCAUUGUCCGCAACGCGCGGGUUUACAAACCAAUGCCGUCCACGACUGACCAGCGAAGUGAGGUGAGAUCUGAGCGCAGGGCGCUACGCAAACCUCGUCUCACCGUCCCGCCCGCCACGCUCACGUGUUGCUCUCAAGUCCUCAGCGACGUGAGCGUGAAGCGAUACCUCAUCAUGGGCGUUAACUCCACCGAGGGCCUCGUGCCGACAUUUGUCCUGCCGUGGCUUCGUCAGAAAAGCAUCCGUGACGCGAUUCGUAUUUUUGGGGGUCUCGACUGCAGUGAUCCAUCUCUAUUCACACCGGACACACAUAGCGGCGUCAUCCUGAACACGCCCCGCGCCAGCGGUAGUCGGCAGAAAGGCAGAAACGGCGGUCGACGUGGCGGUGAUCGUCGACGGAACGGAAGUCGCACCAAUUCCAACCUGGUUGAAGAAAUGUCCGAUGACGGAUCCAGAGGUGUUAGACGUCGGAAUGGCGCCGGAAGAGAAGGUGAAGGCCGCCGGGGCAGGAAGAGGAAGCAAGAACGGCAAAACAAAAAAUCCAGAAUGGGACAACCGUCUAAUGAUCAGGUAGAAGAAGUACAAGAUAGAUCUACUAAAAAGCAAAGCCGGCAAAACGGUGGUCGAAAUGAACGCCGAAGAAACCGCACAAGGGAUCAACGACUUGGUCGUCAGGAAAAAGAAAGAAGGAAAGAAUUCAUCCGACGCAAGAUUGAACAAAGUAAAAUGGAAGGAAAUCAACCUGAAAGGAACAACGCAGCUGAAACAAUCAUGAACAGCGUGUAAUAUUUAUUCGUUAAUUGAUAGUUAAGUGAGACUUUAGUCUAGAUGUUUUGUGCUUGAGAUUAGCUUUGAAAUCUUAAAAAGCGUGGGACUAAGAUAGAUCUAUUCGUUACCCGCUACUUGCCCCCAGCUGAGCGCUUAAUGAAGCUACAAGUGCAGUACUAGAUUCAGCCAUGAACACUUACUGUGUUAUUUCUCGGUACGUCUCCAAUUCGACUAGCGAGACUAGUGCUACCGCAUCACGGACUGAAUGAUAUGGUUUAAAUACAUUUGUUAUGGACAGCUAGAGAAUGAAAUUACUUUUACUCCCUUUAAUCCGUUUUCAAGUGGGAAGAAUUCUUAAAAUGCCCUAAGGUUUCAGAAUUAAACUCCGUAUGUUCUGUUUCAAAUUUUCUCAUUUUUUUGCGGGUCUAUGCUGAGUUUAUGUUUAAUGACUGCCGUGUUUAAAAAAAUCAAGUUCAUUUAAGCUUCGGAGUCGUUGUCAUGAUUAAUUUCUUCGUAUCGGCAAAUUUCAAUAUUUUUGCACACUGUUCUCGCCUCUCAUGGAAAUUAAAUUUUCAAUUUGUUAUGACGUCAUCGACGGAUGUUUACUUGGUUUAGAAUCGCGUUUUCUAUUCUUUUAGAGGUGCUAUUAUAUCGCUAAUUCUUCUGUAUGUCUCUUAAUUAUGUACCACUCGGAAUUGAAUAAAAAUUUUAUUACCAUUCGAGAUGUAUGAGAAGAAAAAUUCAGCGCUCAUAGACUUCAUAGAAAUCUUCUUUGUUACGGUCUUUUUGUUGUAAUUAAUUCAACGCUUUGUGGUCACCAGCCAAUUAACAGCCAAUAAUUGUCAGCGGAUGACGAAUAUUGCAUAGCUGUAACUCGCCAUCUUUUGCUUUCCAUCGCUAAAUUCAGAAAACUGUCAAGAUCUUCUUAGACAUUCUUGCGCUCCAAUGCGAUUUGUCGAAGCGCUGUGAUAUCCACUACGAUAUAAUGAAGGCAGAUUAUUUGUAAAAAGGUCAUUUCUUUGCGAGAAUGUAAGGAUUAUGAUUAGACCUACUCUCUCGAAAUUUGAGGCUAUUUACUAGACGUUCUCAUAGCGGUUUGAAACCUGAAACAUCCUCAAAGAAAGAAAGGCUUGGAACCAAUCAUUUCCAGAGAUUACAAAGAAUUUAGCCGAGCUCAAUCUAAGGGGAUAUCUUAUUGAGAGUCAUGCUUUGAAUGGAAUGUUAGUCAUUCAUUCUGAUGCUAAACAAACCGCACAAUAUCAUUAGCCGCUGUGGUCUGUUGCAGACUGCAGAGGGUCGUUAGUGAUUCAAUCAUGAUGUUAUGAAUGUAAAUUAUUUUCCUAGCGCGGAUAUUAGUUUUCAAAAAAAAAAGUUUUACUAAUCUGAUUAUUUUUACGCUUUAUGCGAUUUUUAAUGAAUUGUUUGACAUCUUACUCAGCUGUUCUCUGUUCAUACUGUAUUGUUGGUAGCAAAUAAACGACAAAUAUACUUUUUCCUGUGCCCCGCCUCCA